AUGACUAUCUCUUUCACCUACGUAAAGGAGUCUUAUCUCUUCAGCAAGCGCACAUUCAUUUUCCCUGGCAUGCUGGAAAGCAGCUCGCAGGCAAGUAACCUUGAACCCGUAUGGACAAUGCAGACACAAGACAGAGACUCCACAAUGUGUGCCGGCCGCGACGGCCCAUCUAUCAUGUCCGCCCGGAUGGAGGGCCACCGGAGGGACCUCGCACAAUUCACCUACCAGGGCAAAAUGACCAGCGGCGGCUUUGAUGGCACAAAAUCCACCUGGACAUUCAUUGAUUUCGACGGCAAGCGCUAUGACUGGAUUGCUGGCAUGAUGCAGAACUGCUGGAAGCUCGAGGACGAAAGUGGCCAGACAGUGGCUCAGUACAUCGGCAUGUCGCGCGACUACAAGGUCAAGGGCACAGUCAACUUCCACACAAAGGUCAACGAGGCACUUAUUGCACUGAUCAUCUUAUCGACGAGGAUGCUCAAGUACGACAAUUCAAACAUGCACUAA